CACUACAAGGACUCGGGGGUGCACCAUCCCAUCCACCUAUCUGGAAUGAAGAACUCUUCCAUUCUUACAAGUACUGGCAGCGGUGGCAGGAUCACCUCUAUUAACCUCUACUCAUCAAGAAUCUCCAGUUGAACUCAACCCUAUUUCCUCCUCCCAGAAAGCCCGUCGAAGAGCGCACGCCUCAUACCCUCCGCCACCACAAGCCCCAAAUCACAGGAACCAUGCUCACGAGAUCCUUGAAACCCAAGGGACCUCUCCGCUGGACACGCCCAGGCCUGCCAUACCGGCGGUGCAUGGCCCAUGUCUCGAACAUCUCAGAUCUCCCUACAGAGGAUACCAAACCCUUCAGCGUCCCCAUAGCAGACGACAGCUUCGAAACAUACAAUCUCGACCCACCUCCCUAUAGCCUAGAAACCACCAAAAGCCAACUAAAACAACUCUACCAUGACAUGUCGCUAAUAAGACGCUUGGAACUCACAGCCGACAAGUUAUACAAGGAACAAAAGAUCCGUGGCUUUUGCCACCUCUCCACCGGCCAAGAGGCCGUCGCGGUGGGGGUGGAACACGGCAUCAGCCCCGAAGAUAAGGUUAUUACUGCGUACCGUGCCCACGGAUUCACGUUGAUGCGGGGUGGGAGUGUCAAAUCUAUCAUUGGCGAGUUACUUGGUCGUCGAGACGGUAUUUGCCAUGGGAAGGGUGGUUCGGUGCAUAUGUUCACUAAGAAUUUCUUUGGUGGGAAUGGGAUUGUGGGGUCGAAUGUGCCCCUUGGGACGGGGAUUGCGUUCGCGCAGCAGUAUGAUGAUACCAAGAAGGUGACGGUGAAUCUUUAUGGUGAUGGGGCUGCGAAUCAGGGUCAGGUACAUGAGGCGUAUAAUAUGGCUAAGUUGUGGGAGUUGCCGGUUAUUUUUGGUUGUGAGAAUAAUAAAUACGGAAUGGGCACAUCCGUGGAGCGCGCUUCCGCCAUGACCGAAUACUACAAACGGGGAUACUACAUUCCAGGUCUCCGCAUCAACGGAAUGGACGUUCUGGCGGUGAUAGCUGCAAUGAAGUACGGCAAAGACUACGUGUUGGGCGGGAACGGACCUUUGCUGUAUGAAUUCCAAACAUACCGGUAUGCGGGACACUCGGUAUCUGAUCCAGGGACGGCGUACCGGACCAAAGACGAGGUGCAGGCCGAGCGGGCGCAUGAUCCCAUCACAACGUAUCGAGAAAGGUUGAUUGAAUGGGGCGUGCUCAGCGACGACGAGGCGAAGACGAUGGAUAAGGAGAUCCGACGCAAAGUUGAUCAUGAAGCUCAGGAAGCGGAGAAGAUGGCGGAACCACCCUUGACUUCGGACGUAUUGUUCGAGGAUAUUUAUGUUCGUGGCAGCGAGCCAGCCCAGCGGCGCGGGAGAACCGUUGAUGAGACAUACUACCUGGGCUGAUAAGGUGAAGCCACCGAAACUCUAAUCUGGAGGGGGGUGUUGCGCUUUCAUAGUAGUGAGCUCAUAGGCAUGUGCCUCGCAUAACAUAAUUCGGUAUAGUUCUAGUUUAAUUGAACGUCAUUAUGAUUAGCAACGUCUCAAUAUAGUAAAUAAAGGGCAUGCGGCACUUAGGAAGUUUGUAGCUUGUAGACCCUAACCAGACAACGACGAGUAUUUGCU